ACCAUUUUUUAAUCCGAAUCCCUUGAGUCAACAUGGCGCUCUCCUCCGUGCGGUGCUCCGUGGUUGUUUCAAGGAGAUUUCUUCGGAAUGCCGCUUGCCUCCAGAAUUCAGUUGCACCAAACGAGAGAGUUGUCAUGCCGGCAACGACUCAAGUGAGGCCGUCCUCGGAAUGGCAGCUCGUGAGUGCAGUGGCAUUGGAGCGAAAGCCCGUCAUCACUCGGGACUUCAACGAGUUCGAGAGGAGGUACUUGGAGAUGCUUCGCACCAUGGAGGUCGAGGCAAGCCUCCUGAGCGACCACGAACUUCAGGUCAAAGCAGAGUCCCAACGGAAGGCCAGCACUGAUGAGGGCGGCGGCAUCAAGAUUCAGACUGCAAACGACAUCGCCGAGGAGUGGAACAAGAAAGCCAAGGAAUUCCUGCCAGCUUCAAGGCUUACGGACGCAGACACGAGGGGAGACAAACGCAGCACAGAACGUCUCCUCGACCAUCCCCUGCUGCUCGUCGUGAACCAGCGGCUUGGAAACGGACACCGGUGGAUCUUGCCGCAGACCGUUCACACGGUGGGGGAGACCAUGCGCCAGACGGCGGAGCGAGCUUUGGCGGAAGUCUGCGGCAGUGGCCUGGAGGUGCGGUUUCUCGGCAAUGCUCCGGCCGGGUGCUACAAGUACCGCUAUCCAGCGGAGUUCCGGAAAGACGGGAUCGUGGGGGCAAAGGUGUUCUUCUUCAAGGCUCAACUUCAGGGUGGAUCGCUUUCGGCGGACUCCCUAAAGAAGCUCGACAGGGCCAGCGAUUUCGAAUGGCUAACCCAAACAGAGCUCGAAUCAAGAAUGCUGCCCAAAUACUGUCAGUCCGUCAAGUCGUUUCUCAUGUCCACCGAAAAGAUGGAUUGUCAGCACCUCUUGGACAAAAUUGAAUCAUCGGUCAAACGAAGGAGCCAACACAUCACUCCCGAGCUGGACACGAAAACCAAGGCCACGGAAGCUGUGAAAGCGUAGAACCAUGCUUUUUUUUUUAUUAAUAUUACAGUCUCAUUAAUAUGUC